AUGAGUAUCAGUCCAGAGAAAUUGCCGACAACUCUGACGAUGAGAAGAAAAUUAGAAGCACUGAAAACCGAGCCCUUAGGCAGCAAAGACAAGCCCAGAACAAGCGUUUCCACCCGUAUGGCUCCUACAGAGCUUCUACAUCGACAGCAGCGGCAGGCUCAGCAGCCCAGCUUACUUCUGGUUCUUCCUCUACUGCUACAUCUCAGCCAUAUACAUAUCAGCAGCAGCCCUUUCGUGGCAAACUCACAAGGCGUCAACCACAGCCCAGUGACGUAUGCUUCAACUGUUUUUCCACUGGACACUGGAAAACCAACUGCCCCCAAAACAAGUCACAAAGUCAAUGAUAAGUAUACAGUUCCGGAUAGACGAAUCGAUGAUGCUAUCUGUUGUCUACAGAAAACUAUCACUCAUUUUCCCGAUGUAACAGCGAGGGAACUUGCAAGAGUAGUGGGGAAGAUCAUUUCUAUGACUCCAGUAAUGGAUAUAUUUAAAGUGGGCAGAUGGACGGGAACUAAUUGUGGAUUACAGGAUCAUCGUCUAGCGGAACUUGCGUCUGAACUACCCAGAUAUUGUGUAACAUCUAAGGCCUUUGCAUUCAGCAAAACAGUACAGGGUUCAACUAAAGCAAGUAGAUUUUCUAUCCCAGUCGUUGCGGUCUCAGGUAACCCUCAGCCGCAGCAGGAGUUAGCGACAGACUCGUUUAAAAAGCAUGGGCGGUGGAGCGCUUACUGCAACAUGGGACUUCGAUUUAUACAGUCUCAUCCAAAGGAAAUGUCUCCACGUCCAAAAGUGGAGUCCGAGCCCCCGAAGCAAGGAUCAACUCAAGCAUUGAACUCUAAGAACAAGAGCUCUUACCACUGCACCACUAUCAAAAUGAAAACUGAGAAGACGGUCGUUUGA